AUGCUUGACAUUUUACUAUCGCGCUUAAAGGAAGAAAUAGCGAUUGACGGCACCUCAGGUACUUUUGAUAUUGCGAAUAAGGCCGGAACUUCUAUGACGCCUUUAGUAGACGAUAAAUACAAGUCCUUCAUUUGGAACUAUUUGAAAUUAGAAGGGGAUUUAGAAUUUUAUGAAAAUAUUGUAGACGUAGUAAACCAGGCACCGGCUAUCGAAACAGUAAACCAGGCCAAUACAAAGACUGUAGCAAAGAAGAAGGCUAAAUCAAAACCCAAACCAAAGCCAAAGAAAAAGAAAAAGUCAUCCGCCAAAGUUAAAGCUGGGAAUUCUGAUGAUGAUUUUGAAGGAGGGUCAGAGUCUGCGAUCAGUAGUAGCGAAGAAUCUGACUUUGAGCAAGAUAUGUCUGAUAAUGAAGACAGUGAAGAUAGUGAAGGCGAAGACUCUGAUCGCUUAUAUAUUACGGGUUCAGCCGAAUUUCAAGAGCGUCAACUUUAUGUCGGCCUUCCUCCUGGUGUUGUGUUAUCCCCCAAUCUUGUUAUUAUUUUAAAGGAGAUUAUUAAGACCAGAUCAAAGGGUUUGUUCCAAGCCAAUGUUACAAAGGCUUUAAAUAUCGAUGCUCGAUCAACUGGCCAUUACUGUAAAUCUCUGGAAGAAAAAGGGGCCAUUGUUCGUAAUGGUGUCUCAACCAACAAAAUUCGUACCAAUAUAUGUACACACGUUCGAUUUGUUGGCAAAAGUCAAGUCAUUGAUAUCGCCGAUGAAGAUGUUGAGACAGUUCCUUACAACGUUAGUUCUAAAGGCGAAGCUUAUAGUCAAGUAGGUAUCCGUGAUGCACUGAUAGACUUGAUUAAAGAUUCACCGGACCAAGCUAUGUUAAGUGAGGAUGUAUUGAGAGCCUUGGGCUUUAACAGCACCAGAAAAUUGGUUCGAAAAUGGUUUAACCGUGUUAUUGAUGAACUUUGUAGCAAAGGUUAUAUUAGAAAAUCAGAUCUUAAAGUAGACGGUAAAGGUAUGCGUCGUCGCUGUCUUCACUUACUGAAAACACCCACGUCUAAUGAAAAGAACGAGGAUCUACCAAUGGAUCCCUUGGAAUUCCCAAUCCGAAUCAAGACUAUGAAAGAAGAUGUUCCUAUUCUUCAUGUACUUAUCGACAGUUCGAUGGAAAGUCAAAUCUUACAGGUCCUUUUGGCUUCAGGCGAAAAUGGCGCCACACAAAGGGAAAUAGGUUUUGCGUUGAAUUUGGAUGAACAUCGUAUCUUGUAUAAGCUUUUAGAAAGAAUGGUAGAAAUGAAAGACGCUGGCUUACAACGUUACGGGGCUCUUCGAUUUCUGGAAUUCGAAGGUCGACAACGACGUUAUCGUUAUUUUACGUAUAAGUCCUAUAAAAUGAAGUACGAAAACCUUGAGGUAGAACUCCCGCCUUUACCUGCAGAAUUAGACGAAUCGACUUUUUACCAUAACGACUACUUUAUUGAUAUGCCUCAUUCUCAUAAAGAAUUCCAAAAAUAUAUCAAAAAGACACGAAAUGUUGAUACAUCUAUGGACAUCGACAAAAUUUCCUCUGUGACAAAUACCACGCUGUCAAUUGAUAAACCUGACGAUGGAACAACUAUUUCCAUUGAAUCUGGAUCAGCAUGUGAACCGACACCAAGUCCCAAUUCUGCACCAAUGACUGUCAUAGAAGACAAGACCAUAGCCGAAAGUACAGUAGCAAUUGAACCGUUACCAGCUGUUGAUUUAAAUAUUGUUACGGUUGCCCCAGUAAGUACGCAGCAAGUAUCAACUAAAGGCAAAGACAAGAAAAAAGCAGCAGCUACAACACCUACUAGGAAACUUCGUACUAGAACAAUUGCGGAUUACUUCAAAAAGGCGUGCGCUAAAGUAACAGAUGAACCAGAGGUGACUGAUACAUCUGAGCAGGUUGCUAUUACGCAUAACCCGAAAACCACUCCAGUCGCUUCAUCUUCAUCAGCAUCUUCCGAUGAAACUGACAGUACAAACAGCGCUUCUGUUAUUUUACCAGAACCAACCACUAUUGCAUCCGAUCGAACGACUUUUUUAUCUGACCCAGUGGUUGUUACAUCCGAAAAUAGUCCAACCGAGAUAUCAGAAAUGAGUAUGGAUGUGUCACAAACUGCAGGUGUAGAAUCUGGUGUGGAUACGACUAUGCCGACAACAAGCCAAUCAUUAUCACCCAAGGACAGUGAUGUUUCUCUUACCGAAUCAUCGACCCAUAUUGAAACGACGGGUGUUACUGAACCAGCCAACUUCGCUGGAUGUUCUCACAAUCGACCUGAACAAGUCAAUGUAUAUAUGGAAGCUCGUGCAAAAAUACUGCUUGCGCUUUUACAGGAUGAGCCGAUGUGGGAAAUGAAUAAAGAUUUAAUGGAUGCUUAUCUUGUAAAGGCCAAAGAAUUAAAUGGAGACUUAAAAUAUACUGUCUGCAACAAAACAUUAUGGCGAUCUGCAACGUUACUUGCCAAGCGAAAUGAAGCCCAGACCAUAACAAUCAACGCUCCGUUAUUGUAUGGCGGGUUUAACCUACGAAAGCUUUUAAUUCGUAAAGAUAUCGACUUAGAAGGGCCCGAAUGCAAGAAAUUUCAAACACGAUUGAUCGAACGUCGUGCUUUACAAUCUAACAGAUCAAUUCCUAGAUCAUUCGAUACAACUACAUCGCCCGUAGAAAGCUUAGAAGGCCGUAUCACACGUCUGCGAUCAAAAUUGCAAGGUCUUGAAGAUGGUCACAAUACGUUUGAGGCUACCAAGUUGAAAGAACAUAUCGGUGAACUAUCUUACAAUGCACAUAAAUUUAAAGCAAGAAGAACUGGUAAUAACUUAAUGGCUAGCUGGCAGAUCAGGGCUAUGCAAUUUGGUUGGAUACGAUCUAAAAUGCUGCGUAUUAAACUGCUGUAUACGGAAAUGUAUAACUUGAUGAUGAAGAACGAAUCUUUACCGGGUGUUGAUAAAGAAAACCGCUGUAUAUCUACCGUCACGUUCGUGACGAAUUUGCGAGUUGGCACUGUAUGCAAAAUGAUUGGUGUUUAUGAUCCUAGUCAAAAGCUUUUGAAUUAUCUUGGUGAUUCAGCACACAUGGACAUAAUUUGCAAAGACUUACCUGUAGAUAUUCGAAAAGAACUAUUAUCGGAAACCAACAGAUUCCGGGGAAAGCUUCGUUCUUUGUUGUACGGGUUGGAAUAUCUGGAGCUCGCUAAAUCCACUACCUUUGAUGACGAUGACAAAGAUCAGUAUAGACAUUUGGCUAUUUCUUAUCAUUUACCCCGCGUAGUUAGCAUUAAGGACAGAAGAAGAAUCGGCCAACCUGUUAUUCGUGAGCAUACUUUAGAUAGUCAAGUUGACGUGACUCUAUUUUGGAGUGAACUUAAGUAUUCCUGUACACAGCUGACAGAUGAAAUUCCUGAAGACGAGAUGGAAGCUCCACCCACAGAUCCAAAAGCGUAUGAAUAUUGGAAAGGAAUGUAUCAUGCGAACAACUGGACCGUAUGUAGUGUGCUUGCACGCAAUCAAAGAAAGAUUCUCAACUCAUAUGUCGAUAAAAUCAAGGGUACGACACCUCUCGAGAAUACCUCGAUCUGUACAAGUAUUGCUGAAGAAAUAGGAAUGCCCCUUCAGGAUAUUCGGAAGUAUUAUAUAAAGGUAGAAACAGCUAUGUCCCAAAAAAGAGAGCAUCGCGCAAGGAAAGCAGUUGAGGCUAAGCUGUUUCCUAUAAAACGCCGUAUUGUCGGCAAGAGAAGUAGAAAUUAUGGCGGACGACGUGUCAUUAAUCUUAGUUCCACAAGAGCGUUCAACUCUCAUGAUAAAAUGAUAAAUUUGGGUUUAGAUGCUAGAUUUGAAAAAGGUGGCACCCAUGAGCCUUUAGAAGGAGAGGAUACGUACUUGGACAAUCUCAAAUCAACUCCUGUUAUUAUCGGUGCACCCAACAUUAUUGACUUGCGUGCGAGACGAAACAAAAGAAUGAUUUGGUCGGAUGAAGAAGAUGACCUAUUAGUGUACUGUUAUAUCAUUAUGCGUCAACGUACUCGAUCGCUUAUUCGCUGGCAUAGAGUUAACCAAGUAUUUUCAACGAAACCACCCGGUGCUGGCAGACACCGUAUUGCGAAACUGCUUGCCGAUCCUAUUCGUGCGGAACAGGUGGAAUCUGCUUCGAUUCUUUGGAGUAGGUUUUAUGUCGAAGGUUUACAACGAGAAGAAAUUGAAGAUCCUGAUCCUUGUGAGAUCAUCAACUUUGAUCUGCUUUCUCUGUUGGCGUAUUUCCUUAAGAGAUUAAACGAGAAUGAUACACACACCCAAACAAAUAUUCUCCCAAAGAAUGUAAGCGAUAUACCACGCUUUUUCGAUUACCACUACAAUGAUGUUGAAAAGAAAUCAUUUUGCUUCGAAAAUGUUUACUUCGAAAAAGCUACAAUGGUCCAAAGAUUGAGUUUAUUGAAUUUACGAACCUUUACAGGAAGAAAAUUGUUUGAUUCGGAUACAGAUGUUCCAUUAUCACAAAUUGAAUAUGAAGACGAAAUAGAAUCAAGACAAUUAAGGAUUGUCAUGGGAUAUGCUAUGAUGUCUUUGAUGACUCCCACCGAAGUAUAUGAUCCAUUUUUUGCUUAUGCUAUUAUCAGUUCAUAUUCCUCCGAUCUGUUCGAUCUUGCUGUACUCAAAAUGCGCGAGAGAAAUUGUUUAAUCAAAUCUAAACGGGAACGUUCUAUCCCAGGAACAAAGUUCAGUAUGUCAGCAAGAUUCAGUACUUUGAUGUGCGGAGUGUUCCCUUUGUCGUUAUUCAAACAAGCGCAAGAGUACGAUAAGUAUCUAAGUUUCCAAUCUGGUAAAAACAGAAUAGCUCCCGAAUUCAUCAGUAGUGGUAUGAUGGCCUGUAUUUUGGACUUGGUAUCAGAUAACAAAAUGAACGUUUUUAUGGCAAACAGAGAGUCCAAAUUAAAGACUUUCAAGACCAUGAGUUUUUCCAGCAGGUUGACUAAUCGUUCGUUGUCUGUCUUUGAAAUGGAUGUUGAAAAAACUGAAUUGACGCAAAUUGAUCCCAUCAAAUUGGACCCCAAGGAAACGAAAAUUACAUGUUUGGAUGAGCUUAAAUUGGAAGUGGAAUUUGGACACUUCCUUAAGUCCAAAGACUCAAAUACAGGAGCUUUAUUGAAGGCAAUCGUUUCAGCAUUAAAAAUCCGAGGUGGUUUGGGAUUAACAUUAUAUCAACUUAAAGUACAAAUUGGAUCUGAAUAUGAUGAUGAUGCGAUAAGAAGAGGAAUUCAUCUGCUUGAAUCUAAUGAUCCGGCUUUUAUUUGUCCUGUUGGCUUCGGCGCCUUGCGUUAUGUUACUAUCGAAAAUAUUGGUACCUGGUCAAUUAAUACUAAGGAAUUUCUCAGGGUGGAUCCACUUGCUGUAAACUCCGAGGUUCAGAAUUUCAAAAAGAAUUUCGAUCACAUCGAGAAAAAAGCAAUCAUUUUGCCAAAUAUAUGGACAGACGUCAAUGGUAAUAGAACAGAUCUGAUCGUUCGUGACUGUAAAAAAGUCCUUAUAGAAUAUGUUAUGCGAAGACCUGGUACUUCCGAGGCACACAUCCAUGACAGGUUUAAGGCAGCUUUUGAAAGAACGGCUUUGCGUAAUUUGUUGGAUGUUCUUGUUAAGGAAAACCUACUUAAAAGAGUUCAAGUAACUCAAUGUAGUGACCAGAAGACUAGAAAAUCAAUCUUUUCAAGAAAUCAUAAUUUGAAAUGCAGUAAUGAUAUAACGAUUGAAGAAGUAGCGAGAACAUUUUAUUUUGUUCAGCCAAAUCCUUCUGCCAAUGCACUUAAUUGA